AUGUUUCACAACAACAAGUCGCAAGCUUUGCUGCUUCUUUUUGUGCUCAUCUUUCUGGUGAUUGCAACAUCAUUGGAAAAUUUCGGAUCAACAACGAGUCAUUAUCAUUUCGUGAAAGCCUCUUCAAACAACAACAAGGAAGAGGUUACAGUUACCACUUCCGCAGUAACCGAUGAGGAACCAAAUUUUGAUGAAGCCUCUUCUUCUUCUAUCAAGCACCAAGAGGCAAGAUAUACUGCUCCUUCGGUUCCAGAUCAUGAUGUAUUGUUUUUUGAUAAUUUUAAUGAAGAUCCUUUCGGAUCAGGCCGAUGGGUGAAGAGUAAAGAUGAAAAAUACGCCAAUCAACAAGUGGAAUGGACAGGAGCCACAGGAAAUGUUGUUUCCAAUGCUGGAGAUAAAGGCUUGUUGAUGAAACACGCUGGACAACACUAUGGUGUUGCGUCAAGAAUUACUCCUCCUAUUGAUAAUGAGAAUAAGGAUUUAAUUGUUCAAUAUGAAGUGAAAUUUGAUAGUAAACUGUCAUGUGGAGGUGCUUAUAUUAAAUUAUUAGAUGAUUCAAAGAUUACAACUUUGGAGGUAUUGAACAAUGAAUCUCCAUAUAUUAUCAUGUUUGGUCCUGAUUUGUGUGGUGCCAAUAAUAAGGUUCAUUUCAUUUUGAGACAUUUUAAUCCAAAGAGUAAUACAUGGGAAGAAAAACAUUUGAAGAAUGCUCCAGCUAUCAAGAAUGACGAGUUGUCUCAUCUCUACACACUCAUUGUCAGGAAGGAUAAUACUUUUGAAAUCAAGAUUGACGGUGAAACGGCAAGAAAGGGAUCAUUAUUUGAAGAAUUUGAUCCAUCUAUUGUGCCACCAAAAGAAAUUGAUGAUCCUACUGAUUCGAAACCAAAGGAUUGGGUCGAUGAAGAAUUUAUGGAUGACCCUGAGGCCAAAAAACCAGAAGAUUGGGAUGAAACACUUCCAGAAUUUAUUCCAGAUCCAGAAGAUAAGAUGCCAGAAGAUUGGUUACCAAAUGAACCAGAAUAUAUUCCAGAUCCAGAGGCAAGAAAACCAGCCGAAUGGGAUGAUGAUGAAGAUGGUAAAUGGGAGGCACCAACUAUAAGAAAUCCCAAGUGUGAACAACAUGGCUGUGGAAAAUGGGAGCCUCGUCUCAUUAAGAAUCCAAACUACAAAGGAAAAUGGGUUCCUCCAAAAGUUAAAAAUCCUCUCUACAAGGGUCCAUGGAGUCCAAGAAAGAUUCCUAAUCCAAACUAUUUCGAAGACAAACAACCAUCGAAUCUGUCACAAAAGAUUGGAGCAGUUUUUAUUGAAAUUUGGACCAUGCAACAAAAUACUUUCUUUGAUAAUUUCCUCAUUACACAUAAUGAAAAUGUAGCUCAGGAAUAUGCUUCCAAAACAUGGAAGAAGAAGUUUGAAGUUGAAAAGGAGAAAAAGUCGAAACUUGUGGAAAACACUGAGUCAAGCACUUCAUGGAGCGGUAUCACCCAACAAGUAAUCGACAAAGCUCAACAACUUGUGAAGGAUUAUCCAAUUCCUGUCAUUGCAGGUACUGUAGUGGUUGUUUUGCUCUCUACAAUUCCAUUCUGUUUGCUCAUGAGAGGUGACGACGAGGAUAAGGUUUCAAAGAUCACCAAAACCAAUGUGGCAACAAAGGAAGAACAGAAAGAAAAAGAUAAUACAGAAACUACAGAAAGCAAAGAACAAGAGGCUGACGAUGUCACACAAGAUCCUAAUUUGAGAAAUUAA